AUGGCGGCGGAUACAACCGUGCUUGCGAAACAGAGCCAGGCGAAUGGCUCCGUUGACACCAAACCGAAGAAGUUCAAUCCAUAUGAAACGAACCCGGAUUUAGUGCCAAAAGAUGACCCAUUCCGUCUACGAAGCGUGCAAUACGGACGGUAUCGACCACAAAAGGACGAUUUCCACCCUCGGUAUAACGAUUGGUCUCAAUCAGAUCCAGAAGCGAUAAAUUACUGGGAACAAACGGUGAAGUCCUUGUGGACUCCCGAAAACUCAUUGAAACUACAGGGUACAAGAGAAGCAUAUGCUGCGGGCAGCGUAAUCAUAAGGGUUGACCAGGGAAAUGCGAUUGAUGCUUUGGCUGACAAGUUCUCCUGCGUGAAUGCAAAUGAAUUGAGCGCAUCCAGGAAGGCGGAAGACACACUUAAAGAAUUGGGGAUUUCCGUUCCCAAAAUUUACUUCUGCGGGACAAUCUCUGGGAAGAAUGUCACUGUGGAGACCAGGAUCCCCGGUGUUUCUCUAGACGUCGCCUGGAGGUAUCUCGCGGUGGACAAAAUUGAGGCCCUGAAACAACAAUGUCGUCGUGUUUUGCAACGUCUAAGUGGUGUGGGUGGCUCCCCUGGACAUCCAUCCUAUGUGUGCAGUGGGCUCAAUUCCCAUCAACCGUCCAAAACCCAAGGCUCAGAGCGAGAUUUACUCUUCAAUGCCACUGGAAAAUCUGACGAUCUUUCUCUUGUUCACAACAACAUGGUCUUAGCCAAUAUCAUUGUGAACAAUGACCGGGUUGUGGGAAUUACUGGCUGGCGAGAAAGCGGAUACUUUGGCUUUGAGAGAGCUAACAAGGUGCAUCGACUGAUCCGAGUGCCGCAAAUGGUCUCAUCCUUGUUCUUGGAAAGUGACGACCAGGAUAUUAAAUCCUGGGCCGAUCUAUACGAAGGUCUCUGUAGUUCUCCUUCAGAGAAUGGUUCAACAAACGAACACGGUAUCUCAACACACCCAGUGAAAACCGAGCCGUCUUCCAUGAAUUUGGAUAAAGUUCCCUUGAGUGAAGAAACCCGGGGGUUGCCUCAACUCGAUGGCGCCGACUUUCCCGAGGAGCACCCGACCCCCAGAAAAGUUGCCAGCCUCAAAAAUCAAGGCAAUUCGAGAGCAUCCUCCUCGGAUCGAUCCUCGCCGGCUCUAUCCAUAAAACCUGGAGCAGGCCCUGCUAAAAGACCAGCCUCUGCUGCAACGAAGAAAGGCAUCGGAAAGAAAUCUAUUAAGAAACGCAAGCUCGAAGAUCAAGAUAACGAGAGCGUAAGCAGUCGCCGUUCGAAUACCCCCUUGUCUUCCCGCCCGAGCAAGACGCCAGGGGUAAAAAAGCAGAGUUCCGCAUCUAUAUCGAGUUCUCCAGCGCCGGAAAGCAAGAGGAAAUUCACCAAGAAGACUGCCGCUGAAGAAGACGAUGAUUCCGACGAUAAUGAUGAGAUUUUCUGCAUCUGCCGAAGGCCAGAUAAUCACACAUGGAUGAUCGGAUGCGACGGCGGUUGUGAGGAUUGGUUUCACGGAAAAUGCGUCAAUAUAGACCCGCGGGAUUCUGAAUUAAUCGACAAGUAUAUUUGCCCGAACUGCAAAGAGAAUGGAAAAGGGUGGACAACCUGGAAGCCAAUGUGUCGUCUCAAAGAAUGUCGGAAGGCUGCCCGUUUUAACAGGAAGAAUCCAAGCAAGUACUGUUCCGAUGAACAUGGCCUAGAAUUCAUGCGGCAAAAGGCUCAACAUCUAAAUCUGACGCCCAGGAUGGGCUCCCAGAAGCCAAUUUCAAUCCAAAGGGCUAUUGCCAACGGUAUCGACCAUUCAAGAGAUGACGAUAGCGAGUUUGAGGGAUCCCAUAUUGAGGAUGGGGUUGCCUCCGUCAAUGGCGAUAAGGCUGGAAGCAUGGAAGACCUUGGAAGCAGGGGCGGCAUUCUUACUGCUGGUGACCUUGCGGCCGUAGUAAUGCGAGUUGUCUCAGCACAAGAAUUUCGCAAGCUUGGUGCCAAUAUCGUGUCGCCUCCACCUGAAGACAAAGAUACUGAUGCAGAAACAAAUUCCGGCAAAAAGCUUGGCUUGGAUGUCCAUAUCGAUGAUCUUAAUUAUUCUCCAGACGAAACGCACAAAAUUGCCAAGCUCCGCAAACGGCGAGACGAAUUACACCAUCGCAAAGAUAUGCUUACUGCGCGAAACGCAUUCCUCGCACUUCUUCGCCAAAGAUCCAAGAGUAUACUUGAGGUAUUGAAGAAAAAGGAUCCAAAAGGAGGCUGGAAAGAUAUCUGUGGCUUCGACUCCAGAUUAGCCUGGUCUGACGAGGAGUUUGACCAAUGGAGGCUGUCGGACAUUGGGAAGAAAGCACUUGAGGAAGGUACAGCUGAAGCCCUCGCGUUGAGCUACCCUACUUCCGUCGAUGAAGACGGUGAUACGGCUAUGGAUGGCGUCAAUGCUGAGGAUGAGCUCGCGGUUCUAUCCCGAGGGGUUUGUACGAAGAAACGCUGCGAAAGACAUAAGCAAUGGCUUAAGGUCCAGCAGCAGGAUUUACUAUUCGAGGAAAAUACCCUUGUGCAAGACCUCGCUGAAUGCGAGAAAGAAGCUCAAAAUGUUGUGGAACGAGUGGUGCUCAGGAUGUGGGCUGAGAAAGACAACGCUCAAAAUGGCAGCUAG